AUGUUCCUCUGGUUGCUACAACAUGCCAAUUUUCUCCUUAUACACUCCCAGCACCUCAUCGACCCGACAGACUGGAUAGCCAUGGACACGGCCGGCGAUCUCAUUUCCAAUGUAUCAGAACCAGUCCCGGGAUUGGAUCGAAUAUUACGAGGCGGUACUCCCUUGGCGUCGUGUGAUUUGUACAACAUCACCUUUACUACCUCAGCCGAUCAAUCUAUAUUUUCUAAAAAUAAUGGGAGCUUGGAGUGCCGGUGUCCGCUGCGCUACUCCGGACAGUCGUGCGAGGUGCAGCCACCCAUUGCCUUGCCCUUGAUACAAACAUAUAACUUCUUCACCCCGUUCGCCGGAAGCAUGAUACUCAUCGUCGGCGUCGUGUUGCUGGCCAUCUUCUUCGUCACGAUGCUGAUGCUUCGCGGUUGUUUCUGCGAUUGCUUCGGCCCAAUGUACUGGGGCUGCGGCAGAAAAGACGAGGAAGAGGAUCGCCCUCUCGAUCAAGAAGUCCUCCAGAAGAUGCUCAACGAGUGCAAGAGGAGCGACGUCAGGAGGGAGCUGAUGGCUCACGAGCAAGAGUACGGUCCCGUCUCCACAAUCUCAGAUGGGAUGGCUCAGCCCUAUAACACUACCGUAAUCGUCCCUUCUGCCCCGGCAGAGUACAGGAGACCGCCCUCUCCUCCUCCAGCCUACAGUUCCGUGGCCGGAAGCGCUGAACGACUCAACUCUCAGAUGCCACAUACCCAAAUU